CCUCUCCCCCUUUUCAAAACAAAACCCUUCUUUCUCUCUCUCUCUCUCUCUCUCUCUCUCUCUCUCUCUCCUUCUUCGACACGAAAUUUAGGAAGCGCGCGCGAGAGAGAGAGAGAGAGAGAGAGGGUGUGUGUGUGGCGAUCGGUCGCGACGCGAAGCUGCUGCGGGAGCGAGAAGCCGCUGCGCGAUGAAGCAGAUGUUCGGGUUCCGCGGCGCGGCGUCGUCCCCUGCUACUCCCGGAGCAACCGGGGACCCCCGGAACCCUAGCCGGACCCCUCUGCCGCCGCCGUCCUCCGCCGCGGGCAACGGCGUCGGAGGCGGUGCUGUCGCGCUCGGCCCCGCGCGGCCGCUCCGCCUAGUGUACUGCGACGAGGGGGGGAAGUUCCGGAUGGACCCGGAGGCCGUCGCCGCGCUCCAGCUCGUCAAGGGCCCCAUCGGCGUCGUCUCCGUCUGCGGCCGCGCUCGCCAGGGCAAAAGCUUCAUCCUCAACCAGCUUUUAGGAAGAAGUAGCGGCUUUCAAGUGGCUCCCACUCAUCGACCUUGCACUAAGGGCCUUUGGAUGUGGAGUGCACCACUAAAGAGAACUGCUCUUGAUGGAACUGAAUAUAAUCUUCUAUUGCUUGAUACUGAAGGGAUUGACGCCUAUGAUCAAACGGGCACAUAUAGUACCCAAAUAUUUUCUUUGGCUGUUUUAUUAUCGAGCAUGUUUAUCUACAAUCAGAUGGGCGGCAUAGAUGAAGCUGCACUUGAUCGUCUAUCACUUGUCACUGAAAUGACAAAACAUAUACGUGUUAGGGCUUCUGGUGGAAGGUCCACUGCAUCCGAGCUUGGGCAGUUUUCUCCAGUUUUUGUUUGGUUAUUGCGAGAUUUCUAUUUGGAUUUAGCGGAAGAUAAUAGGAAAAUUACUCCACGUGACUACCUUGAACUAGCCUUGAGGCCAACGCAAGGUGGAGGAAAAGAUAUGCAUGCUAAGAAUGAGAUUCGGGAGUCCAUUCGAGCCCUCUUCCCGGAUCGUGAAUGUUUCACUCUUGUGCGGCCAGUGAACAAAGAAAGUGAUCUCCAACGCCUUGAUCAAAUUCAUAUGGAUAGGUUGCGUCCAGAGUUCAGAGCUGGUUUGGAUGAUCUGACAAAAUUCGUCUUUGAGCGAACUAGGCCUAAACAAGUUGGAGCAACUAUGAUGACUGGCCCUCUCCUUGCUGGUCUUACGCAAUCGUUCUUGGAUGCCAUCAAUAAAGGUGCCGUCCCUACAAUAUCAUCCUCAUGGCAGAGUGUUGAAGAAGCAGAAUGUCGCAGGGCAUAUGAUUUUGCAGUUGAAGUUUACACAUCAUCUUUUGACCGUACAAAACCUGCUGAAGAGGAUGCUUUAAGGGAAGCACAUGAAGAUGCAGUUGGGAAAGCUCUUGCGGCUUUUAAUAGUUGUGCCGUGGGAGCUGGAUCAGUACGUCUGAAUUAUGAAAAGCUUCUCCAUAGUUACUUCAAAAAGGCCUUUGAGGACUACAAAAGAAGUGCUUUUCUAGAAGCUGAUUUGCAAUGUUCGAACACAAUACGGAGUAUGGAAACGAAGUUGCGAGCAGCUUGUCAUGGUCCUGAUGUGAAAAUUGACAAUGUGAUGCAGCUCUUGGACAGUCUGCUUUCUGAGUAUGAGUCAUCGUCUCAUGGAGCAGGGAAAUGGAAAAUACUGGCUGUUUUUCUACGACAAUGUUUGGCGGGACCAAUACUUGACCUUUUCAAAAGGCAGUUGAAUAGAAUUGAAACUGAAAUAAGUACUUUGAGGUUGAAAUGCACCUCGAGUGACGAUAAAUUGGAACUGCUUAAGAAGCAGCUUGAGGCAAAUGAGAGCCAAAGAUCUGAAUAUGUGAAGCGCUACGAAGAAGCCGUCAGUGAUAAGCAAAGAAUAUCUAAAGAUUAUGCUGGUCGUAUUACUGAUUUGCAAAGCAAAUCCAGCAAGUUGGAGGAGCGGUGCAUGAGCUUAUCGAAUGCCCUCGAUCUUGCUAAACGUGAAUCUGCUGAAUGGAAAAGCAAGUAUGACCAAAGUGCUUCUGAGCAAAAAGCUGAUGAGGAGAAGCUAAGAUCUCAACUCGCUUCUCUGGAGUCCAAGAUUAAUGUGAGUGAAGGGAGAUUAGCUGCUGUUCGAGAGCAGGCGGAGUCUGCUCAAGAGGAGGCUUCCGAGUGGAAACGGAAAUACGAAGUGGCUGUUGGAGAAGCUAAGAAUGCUCUGCAGAGGGCGGCACUGGCACAGGAGCGCACGAAUAAGAAAGUGCAGGAAAGGGAGGAUGCUUUGCGGGCUGAAUUGGCUAACCAGCUUUCAGAAAAGGAUGAAGAAAUUACGAAGUUGAUUGCACAGAUCAAUCAAUCUGAGAAGCAUGUGACAAGUUUAAUUGCGAGAUUGGAGGCUACUGAGUCUAAAAUAAAGAACCAUGAGACUGAAUCUUCACGGUUGAAGGAAGAGAUGAGAAUAUUAACUGAGAACUUGAAUUCCAUCAAAGCCGAAGCUCAGGGACACGAGAAGCAAGUCAGAAUUCUGGAACAAGAAAAGAACCAUCUUGAAGACAAGUAUCUUUCUGAGUGCAAGAAGUUCGACGAAAUAGACAAGAGGUGCAAGGAUGCCGAAAGGGAAGCCAAACGAGCAACUGAGCUGGCUGACGCAGCUCGUGCUGAUGCCGCUUCCGCCCAAAAGGAGAAAGCUGAAGCCCAGCGGUUGGCGAUGGAAAGACUCACAUUGAUUGAAAGAUCCGAGAGGCAGGUCGAAACCCUAGAGAGAGAAAAGGCCAAGCUGACAGAUGAGAUUGAGCGGCUCCGCCAAUCCGAGAUGGAUUCAGUUUCGAAGGUCAAUUUACUCGAGAGAAGGGUUGAUGAGAGAGAAAGAGAGAUCGAGGAGAUGUUAAGUCGGAACAACGAGCAAAGGUCUAAUACAGUCCAAGUCCUCGAGAGCCUUUUGGCGACAGAGCGAGCCGCUUGUGCGGAAGCCAAUAGAAGGGCGGAGACCCUCUCAUUGCAGCUACAAUCUACACAAGGCAAACUCGAUAUGCUUCAGCAAGAACUCACUUCAGUUCGGCUUAAUGAGACGGCACUUGAUAGCAAGCUAAAAACCGUGCACAAGAGGCAUGAGGAAUCAGUGCACGACAUGGACAUCGACGAAGAGGUUGGGAGGAGGAGAAAGAGAUCGAAGAGCACGACGAGUCCUUUCAAGUACAGCCAUAUGGAGGACGGCGGUUCUGUUUUUAGAGGGGAAGAGAAUAAUAACAAUGAGAGCCAGGAGAUUCAAGAGACAGAAACCGAAGACUAUACCAAGUUCACCGUGUUGAAGCUGAAGCAGGAGCUUACAAAGAAGGGAUUUGGGGGGCAGCUGCUGCAGCUGAAAAAUCCCAACAAGAAGGAUAUUAUUGCCUUGUAUGAGAAGCAUGUCAUUGGCAAGUAACUUUCUCUUUUUUUUUUUCAUAAAUUGAGGAUGAACUAACAAGCUGCUUCUCUUUAUUAUAGUAAUUUCAGAUAAACUAUGAGGUUUGUUCUUUAGUUUUCCCUCAUCUACUUUUGUUUUACACAUUGUAUGUAUGGUUGUGGUAGUGCUUUAGCGCGUGAAAAGUGUGUGAUGUGUUCAUAUCUUAACGUUCGUGUGAAGUUUUAAAAUUAGACUAAUUACUAAUUGUUGUGUGAAAUGCUGAUCUA